AUAAUACCGCCGGCACGGCAAAAUUCCGGCGCCGGCUCAGAUGACCCAAACAGGUCCUCGGAGAAUCCAAAACUCCGGCGUCCUGGAAGAUGAAUCACGGGAACAAGCCCAAUCUUCUACGACAGGUAUGAGGCUCAUUGUACCCUUGCAAGGGAUAGUUCAAGGUAGAGGUGGCUUAAUUUUAGGUUCAGUUAUUCCAUGUGCUAUGUUCUACUUCCUUCAAUUCUACCUCAAACGACGUCGUUCGCCGCCGAAUCCGCCGCAAGAGCACACCUCGAACCCUCCGUCGCCGACUGCUUCGUCGGCGGAGCUGUCUAGGUCAGCUUCCCGGUCUAAUUUGUUGUCACGUGGCUCUAUUGUUAGGCCUCACGUGUCUGCUAGGGUUCAUUCUAUUGCCAAAGCGAAUGAUUCGCCUUAUUACAUUGGAUUGGACAAAGCUUCUGCAGAUCCUUACGACGGAUUGAAUAACCCCAACGGUGUUAUUCAGCUCGGAUUGGCUGAAAAUCGGCUCACACUGGAUUUGAUUGAAAAUUGGAUUACUGAAAAAUUAAGCGACUCCAUACUUGGUGGAGGAGAUAGCAUGGGAGGGUCGAGUGUUAGUUCCAUUGCUACGUACCAGCCGUUUGAUGGAAUGAUGGAGUUAAAAGUGGCCAUGGCUGGUUUCAUGUCACAAGUUGUGGGAAGAACUGUGUCGUUUGAUCCAUCACAAAUAGUGUUAACAUCUGGGGCAACUCCUGCUAUCGAGAUACUUUGCUUUUCUUUGGCAGACCAAGGAAAUGCAUUUCUUAUACCUGCUCCAUACUAUCCUGGGUUCGACAGAGAUAUGAAAUGGCGAACAGGGGUGGAGCUAAUCCCUGUUCAUUGUCGUAGCUCUGACAACUUCACUUUAAGCAUUCCCGCUCUUGAUCAAGCUUUCAAUCAGGCAAGGAAACGAGGACAAAAAGUCCGAGGAAUCCUAUUGUCUAACCCUUCUAACCCUGUUGGGAAUCUGAUGACCAGGGAAACCCUUUUCAGUCUCUUAGACUUUGCCAGAGAGAAGAACAUCCAUAUUAUAUCCGAUGAACUAUUUGCUGCUUCAACCUUUGGAGAUGAGGAGUUCGUUAGCAUGGCAGAAAUUAUCGACUCACAAGAUGCUGACAAGGAUCGGGUUCAUAUUGUAUAUGGACUCUCGAAAGACUUGGCUCUUCCAGGCUUUCGAGUUGGGGUUAUAUAUUCAUACAACGAAAGUGUUCUGGCUGUGUCUAGAAAGAUGACAAGAUUUUCUCCAAUAUCGGCUCCAACCCAACGGUUAGUAACUUCAAUGCUUUCAGAUACGACAUUUAUCAAGGAACAUACUGAAAGAAACAGAGAGAGGUUACGGGCUAUGUAUGAUUUGUUUGUGGAAGGUCUUAAACAAUUAGGAAUCGAUUGUACAAAGAGCAGUGGAGGUUUGUACUGUUGGGUUGAUAUGAGUGGACUAAUUCGCCCUUAUAAUGAGAAAGGGGAACUUGAUUUAUGGGAUAAGCUAUUGAAUGUAGGCAAGAUUAACGCUACCCCUGGUUCCGCUUGCCACUGCAUUGAACCUGGAUGGUUCAGGUGUUGUUUCACCACAUUAGACGAAAAAGAUAUCCCUGUAGUCAUAGAACGGAUCCGUGGAGUCAUUGAAACCUGUAAAUCCCCCUCCUGAAAUGCUUUGAAGUCAAAGAAGUGAAAUUAAGACGUCUGAAUCUUGAUGGCAUUGCCUCAAAGGUAUCGAUGGAUUCAGUGUUAGCCACGUGAUAUGGUAUUUAUUAUGGAAAGGUGAACUUCGGCUAUAUACCAUUGUUACCAAGAACUGAAAACUGGGCUUGGAAGACGACAAGUGUGGAGGGUGUGUGUGGAAUCCGUUUUAGCCUCAUCCUCUUUCUCUCCCGGGGCUCCAUGCAGCAGGCAAGGUUAGAUUCUUGAAAAGAUUGGUAGGUUUAGUUCUUGUGGGAUGAUGUUUUCAUUCGUUGUCGUGUAGCGGAAGUCACCGAUUUAAAUUGUAGGGAAUAAGAACCAAUUAUGUUGAUUUUACAUGCUUCGGGUUCAACCGUACAAAUACAACUCAUUUUUUGUUCCAAGAUUAGCAUAUC